AUGGCUCUAAAACCAUGGCCAUCUUAUAUCAACGAUCGUCUUCAGAUGUGGGAUAAACUGUAUGCUGAUUAUAAAGCUGAGUUAGAAGCCAAAACACCUGAAUCAAUAAAAAUUACUUUACCUGAUGGAAAAGUUGUUGAUGGCGAAUCAUGGCGUACUACUCCUUAUCAAGUUGCUCAAGGUAUCAGUCAGGGAUUGGCUGAUAAUGUUGUGAUUGCUAAGAUCAAUGGGCAGUUAUGGGAUCUUGACCGACCCCUUGAAGCUGAUUGCAAACUUGAAUUAAAAAAGUUUGACAGCGACGAUGGACAGCAAGUGUUUUGGCAUUCCAGUGCACACAUGGUAGGAGAGGCGAUGGAACGAGUGUAUGGCGGUUGUUUAUGUUAUGGUCCACCCAUUGAGAGUGGCUUUUAUUAUGACAUGCAUUUGGAAAAUGCUUCUGUUUCAAGAAACGACUUUCCUGUACUUGAAACUCUUGUUAAAUCAAUUACAAAGGAAAAGCAACCAUUUGAAAGAUUAGAAUUGCCUAAAGAAACCUUGUUAGAAAUGUUUAAAUACAAUAAGUUUAAACUGAGGAUUCUUAAUGAAAAAGUAAAGACGCCAACAACUACUGUUUACAGAUGCGGAAGCCUGAUUGACUUGUGUAGAGGCCCACAUGUUCGACACACAGGAAAAGUGAAAGCUCUCCAGAUUGUUAAAAAUUCUUCAACUUAUUGGGAAGGAAAGGCUGAUGCUGAAUCUCUUCAAAGAAUUUAUGGAAUAUCAUUUCCUGAUAGUAAACAAUUGAAAGAAUGGCAGAAAUUUCAAGAAGAAGCAGCUAAGAGAGACCACAGAAAAAUUGGCAGGGAGCAAGAGUUAUUUUUCUUUCACGAACUCAGUCCUGGCAGUUGUUUCUUUCAACCAAAGGGUGCUCAUAUAUACAAUGAGUUAGUAACAUUAAUGAAGGAGGAAUAUAGGAAAAGAGGUUUCCAAGAAGUUGUGUCACCUAAUGUAUAUAACAGCAAGUUGUGGGAAACUUCAGGACACUGGCAACAUUAUUCCGAAAAUAUGUUUUCAUUUGAAGUAGAGAAGCAAAUAUUUGCUUUAAAGCCUAUGAACUGUCCAGGACAUUGUUUGAUCUUUGACCAUCGGCCAAGAUCCUGGCGAGAAUUACCUCUAAGGUUAGCUGAUUUUGGUGUGCUACAUCGAAAUGAAAUUUCUGGUGCUCUAACAGGACUGACUAGAGUUCGACGAUUUCAACAAGAUGAUGCUCAUAUAUUUUGUACUCCAGAACAGAUUACAAGUGAAAUGAAGGGCUGUUUAGAAUUUCUUCGUGAUGUCUACUCUGUUUUCGGCUUUACAUUUCAAUUGAAACUGGCCACACGACCUGAAAAUUUUCUCGGAGACAUUAAAGACUGGGAUGAUGCAGAAAAGCAAUUAACAGAAAGCUUAAAUGCAUUUGGACAGCCAUGGGACUUAAAUCCUGGUGAUGGAGCAUUUUAUGGCCCAAAAAUUGACAUUACUAUAACAGACGCAUUAAGAAGGCCGCAUCAGUGUGCAACAAUUCAGCUAGAUUUCCAGCUUCCAAUACGUUUCAAUCUUGCCUAUGACAGUGUUUCUGGUGAAAAGAAACGACCUGUUAUUAUACAUCGAGCCAUACUAGGAUCCGUUGAAAGGAUGAUUGCUAUUUUGACAGAGAACUAUGGAGGAAAAUGGCCCUUUUGGUUAUCUCCUCGUCAGUCUAUUGUUGUGCCUGUUGGUGCAAUGUUUGAAGAAUAUGCCCAGAAGGUAUCUACUGAAAUAAAAAAUGCAGGGUUCAUAUGUGACAUGGAUGUUGAUCAAGGAGAUACCAUGAACAAAAAGAUAAGAAAUGCUCAGGUUGCACAGUAUAAUUUCAUUUUUGUUGUUGGUGAAAGAGAGAAAUCUUCCAAUACCGUUAAUGUACGUACAAGAGAUAAUAUUGUACAUGGUGAAUUUUCAAUUGAGGACGUUAUAUCAAAAUUCACAGUGCUUAAAAAGCAACGUAUUGCUGAUUCAGAAAAAUCUUUCUAGGCUUCUGAAAUUAUUCUUGGACAUUUUGUACUACUUCACUCUGCACUGGAUAUUAAUUUAUGCUACAAAAUACUAAAUAAAAUUUAAAAUCUGA